AUGGACGGUGCACCGGUUCCAGAUGUUGUAGUGGUUAUCAUAGAGAGAUGUUUGGACACUCCAUAUGCUCCACCAGGGGGUCCAAGAACACCGGCCUGCAAUCGAAUUCAGCGACCGGCAGUAACCCCAGCUUCUCAGGGCGGAUGUAGGUAAAAAUCUUAACCAAUAUAAAAGCCCUGAUCCUACAACAGUUGCCUCCCCGCCGUUGCGAGAGCUUGUUCUCCACCACUGGAUGAUAACCGCUGGCCAACACUGAGGAUUUAACAACGCAGGGAUUGAGGAAGAUCCGCCGACAAAAGAAAAGUUGAGAACCGCCGCGGAGUGGAAGUCUGUCCGAGGGGCAGAAAUGUCCGUCCUUACUCAGCUGGGCUUGCUUCUCUGGAAGAACUUCACCUACAGAAGAAGACAAACCCUCCAGCUGCUGAUCGAGGUGAUAUGGCCACUGCUGGUCUUCUUCAUUUUAAUCGCCGUCAGAAUCAGCUAUCCUCCGUACGAGCAGAAUGAAUGUCACUUUCCCAACAAGGCCAUGCCCUCGGCAGGGAUACUACCAUGGAUGCAGGGAAUCAUUUGCAACGCCAACAACCCCUGCUUCCGGCACCCCACGCCCGGGGAGUCUCCAGGGGUGGUGGGCAACUUCAACGACUCCAUAAUUUCCAGGCUGUUCUCCGACUCCAAAAAGAUUCUGCUGUACAGCCAGAAUGACAAGAACCUGGACGGCUUCAAGGAGCUGGCCAAGGCCCUACAGACUCUGCAAGCUACUACACCAGGCUUCAAGGUGAAGGACUUCCUUCAUGACAACAACACGCUGUCCCCGUUCCUGGUCCAGAAACUGUCUCUUGGAGAGGAGGCCACUCAGGGGAUACUGGAAGCCCACGUCAACCUGGAGCGGGUCCUGCUCAAGGGCUACGGGGUGCACCUGAAGAGCCUGUGUCGCAAGAGCGGCGACGAGCACGACCUGGAGGACUUCGUGGUCAUCGCCGACCCCCGGUUGGCGUCGAGGAUCCAGGAGAUGAUCUGCAGAACCCCCGACAAGUGGCUGGACGUGAUCGAGGAGCGCUUCGUGGGCAGCCUGGACCUCCUGAAGCUCCUCCGCCGGGACGUUAAAUCGGACCCCAUUGCCGUCCGACAGGUUGUCGCGGCGACCAACAGCCUCCUGGAAAGCAUGGGAUCCCUAGCAGUGGAGCUGGCCAGCAUGAAGAGCUGGAAGGACCUGCGCAGCGAGAUCAUCUUCCUGACGCACAACGCCACGUCGUCGCCCAGCGCCAUGUACCAGGCCGUGUCCCGGAUCGUGUGCGGCCACCCAGAGGGGGGCGGGCUGCAGAUCAAGUCCCUCAACUGGUACGAGGACAGCAACUACAAGGCGCUGUUCGGGAACCACAACACCACGGAGGAGGACCUGGCCGCCGCGUACGACAACACCUCCACUCCCUUCUGUAACAACCUGAUGAGGAGCAUGGACUCCAACCCCAUGUCCCGGAUGAUGUGGCAGGCCAUCAAACCCCUGCUGAUGGGCAAGAUCCUGUACACCCCCCACACCCCCGCCACCCAGAAGAUCAUCCACGAGGUCAACAGAACCUUCCAGGAGCUGGGCGUGUUCCGGGACCUGGGCGGCAUGUGGGAGGAGAUGAGGCCCAAAGUGUGGACCUUCCUGGAGAACGGCAAGGAGAUGAACUUCCUACGGACUCUGCUCACAAACAACGUCACCGCUAGCAUCUUCCAGGACCACCUGUCCCACACCCAGUGGACGGCCGCCGACGUCUCGGACUUCCUGAUCAGGAAGGCGGACGACAGGCGCCCGCCCGGCAUCGCCCUGACGUGGCGCGACAUCUUCAACGAGACGGACGACGCCAUCAAGAGCAUCUCUCGCUUCAUGGAGUGUGUGAACCUGGACAAGCUGGAGGCGGUCGACACGGAGGAGAAGAUGCUAGACAAGUCGAUGGUGCUGCUGGAGGACAGGAAGUUCUGGGCGGGCAUCGUGUUCCCGGACAUCGACACCAACAGCUCGGAGCUGCCGCCCAAAGUGAACUACAAGAUCCGCAUGGACAUCGACAACGUGGAGCGCACCAACAAGAUCAAAGACGCCUACUGGGACCCCGGCCCCCGGGCGGACCCCUUCGAGGACAUGCGCUACGUGUGGGGCGGGUUCUCCUACCUUCAGGACGUCAUCGAGCAGAGCAUUGUGCGGGCGGUCACGGGCACCAAGGAGAAGACGGGCGUGUACAUCCAGCAGAUGCCUUACCCCUGCUACGUCGACGACAUCUUCCUGCGUGUCAUCAGUCGCUCCAUGCCCCUCUUCAUGACGCUGGCGUGGAUGUACUCGGUGGCCAUCAUCAUCAAGAGCGUGGUGUACGAGAAGGAGGCGCGUCUCAAGGAGACCAUGCGGAUCAUGGGCCUGGACAACGGCAUCCUGUGGCUGAGCUGGUUCAUCAGCAGCCUCAUCCCCCUGUUGGUCAGCGCUGGUAUGCUGGUGGUCCUGCUCAAGAAGGGGAACCUUCUGCCCUACAGCGACCCGGGCGUGGUCUUCCUCUUCCUGGGCUCGUUCGCCGUGGUCACCAUCAUGCAGUGCUUCCUGAUCAGCACGGUGUUUGCGCGCGCCAACCUGGCGGCGGCCUGCGGAGGCAUCAUCUACUUCACGCUCUACCUGCCCUACGUGCUCUGCGUGGCCUGGCAGGACCACAUCGGCUUCGGCGCCAAAGUGUUCGCUAGCCUGUUGUCCCCUGUGGCGUUUGGCUUCGGCUGCGAGUACUUCGCCCUGUUUGAGGAGCAGGGGGUUGGCAUCCAGUGGUCCAACCUGGUGGCCAGCCCGCUGGAGCAGGACGACUUCAGCCUCACCACCGCGCUGGUGCUCAUGUACUUCGACUCGUUCCUCUACGGGGUCAUGACCUGGUACAUCGAGGCGGUGUUCCCCGGCCAGUACGGUAUUCCUCGACCCUGGUUCUUCCUGUUCACCAAGUCCUACUGGUUCGGAGAGGAGAUGGGCACCACCACUACCAUCCCCAAGGGCUGCAGGGGAAACGCUGGUGCGGUGUGCAUGGAGGAGGAGCCGUCCCACCUGAAGGCCGGCGUGUACAUCGAGAACCUGGUGAAGGUCUACCGCCACGGCAAGAAGCUGGCGGUGGACGGCCUCUCGCUGGGCUUCUACGAGGGCCAGAUCACCUCCUUCCUGGGUCACAACGGCGCCGGGAAGACCACCACCAUGUCGAUCCUGACGGGUCUGUUCCCUCCGACCUCCGGCACGGCCUACAUCAUGGGCAAAGACAUCCGGACCGAGCUCAGCGCCAUCAGACAGAGUAUGGGCUUCUGCCCGCAACACAACGUCCUCUUCAGCAUGCUGACGGUGGAGGAGCACAUCUGGUUCUACGGCCGGCUCAAGGGUCUGACGGAGGAGCAGGUGAAGGUGGAGAUCGAGCAGAUCCUCCUGGACACGGGCCUGCCCCACAAACGCAAGUCGCCCACGCGCACGCUGUCGGGGGGCAUGCAGAGGAAGCUGUCGGUGGCCCUGGCGUUCGUCGGGGGGUCGAAGGUCGUCAUCCUGGACGAGCCCACGGCCGGCGUGGACCCCUACGCCCGCAGGGGGAUCUGGGAUCUGCUGCUCAACUACAGACAAGACCGGACCAUCAUCCUGUCCACGCACCACAUGGACGAGGCGGACAUCCUGGGCGACCGCAUCGCCAUCAUCUCCCACGGGAAGCUGUGCUGCGUGGGCUCCUCGCUGUUCCUGAAGAACCAGCUGGGCACGGGCUACUACCUGACCCUGGUCAAGAGGGAGCCCGAGCCCUCCCUGGCCUCCUGCCGCAACUCCUCCAGCACCGUGUCCUUCACCAAGAAGGAGGAAGAGUGUGUGUCUGACGGUAGCUCUGAUGCAGGCCUCGGCAGUGAGAACGAGAGCGAGGCGGCCACCAUCGAGAACGGACCGGCCGCCUCCAUGAGCCCCUUCAUCGCCCCGGACGUGGCCCACAUCUCCAGCCUGAUCCUGGGCCAUGUCCCGGCGGCGCGGCUGGUAGAGGACCUGGGCCACGAGCUGACCUACGUGCUGCCCUACAGCGCGGCCAAGGGCGGGGCCUUCGUGCCCCUCUUCAGGGACCUGGACCACCGGCUGGCCGACCUCGGCAUCUCCAGCUACGGCGUGUCGGACACCACCCUGGAGGAGAUUUUCCUGAAAGUGGCCGAAGAUAACGGCGUCGACGUUGAAGUCCCCUCAGACGGAACACUGCCAGUGAAGCGGAGGCCGCGAACGCAUGCCUUCGGUGGAGACCACCAGAGCUGUCUGAAGCCCCUCACUGAAGACGACCACGAGGAAGGCAACGAAUCCGAGGGAGACCCAGGUGCCGAUCCCCGGGAGACGGACUGGCUGCACUGCAGUCACGGUAAAGGGUCCUACAAGGAGAAGGGCUGGACUCUGAGGAAGCAGCAGUUCAUCGCCCUCAUCUGGAAGAGGUUCCUCUACGCCCGACGCUCCCGGAAAGGAUUCUUCGCUCAGAUUGUCCUUCCUGCCGUGUUUGUCUGCAUCGCUCUGGUGUUCAGCCUCAUCGUCCCGCCGUUCGGAAAGUAUCCCAGCAUUGAGCUCCAGCCGUGGAUGUACGAGGAGCAGGUCACCUUCUUCAGUAACGACGCCCCCGACGACGUCACCAUGAACAAGCUGCUGAGUGCUCUGAUGGAGGCGCCGGGCCUGGGCACGCGCUGCAUGGAAGGAUAUCCCUUCCCUGGGAGCUCCUGUACGAUGGGAGACGAGGAAUGGGCCGUCCCGGAAAUUCCUGAGAGCGUUCAGAUGCUCUUCAGCGCCACCAACUGGACCAUGGACCACCCCUCGCCCGCCUGCAACUGCAGCUGCGACGGGAAGAAGAAGAUGCUUCCGGAAUGUCCCGCUGGAGCGGGCGGACUGCCCCCCCUGGAGAUCAAGAUCAGUGCUACAGACACGUUGCAGAACCUGACUGGCCGAAACAUCUCCGAUUACCUGGUGAAGACCUACGCUCAGAUCAUCGGAAAAAGUUUGAACAACAAAGUGUGGGUGAAUGAAUUCAGAUAUGGAGGCUUCUCAUUGGGCGCCAGGAGCACUCAAGUCCUCCCUGCAGCCAAUGAGGUGGACGAUGCCAUCGAGCGGGUCCGGAAGAUCUUUGAACUACAGAAGGGGGCUGCAGCGGAUCGCUUCCUGAGCAGCUUGUCCGGCUUCAUCAAUGGCCUAGACACCAAGAACAACGUCAAGAUCUGGUUCAACAACAAGGGCUGGCACAGCAUCGGGGCGUUCAUAAACGUGAUGAACAACGGCAUCCUGCGUGCCAACCUGCCGCCCGGGGCCGACCCCACCAAGUACGGCAUCAGUGCCUUCAACCACCCCCUCAACCUGACCAAGGAGCAGCUGUCCCAGGUCGCACUGGUGACCACCUCGGUGGACGUGCUAGUGUCCAUCUGUGUGAUCUUUGCCAUGUCCUUCGUGCCGGCCAGCUUCGUGGUGUUCCUCAUCCAGGAGCGCGUGAGCAAGGCCAAGCACAUGCAGUUCAUCAGCGGCGUGCAGCCCCUGAUGUACUGGGUGGCCAACUUCACGUGGGACAUGCUCAACUACAUCGUCCCGGCGUCCCUCGUCAUCCUCAUCUUCGUCUGCUUCCAACAGCAGGCCUACGUCUCCUCCACCAACCUGCCCGCCCUCGCCCUGCUGCUGCUGCUCUACGGGUGGUCCAUCACCCCGCUGAUGUACCCGGCGUCGUUCUUCUUCACCAUCCCCAGCACGGCCUACGUGGUCCUCACCAGCGUCAACAUCCUCAUCGGCAUCAACGGCAGCAUCUCCACCUUCGUCAUGGAGCUGUUUGGGAACAACGAGAUCGGCGGGAUCAACGACAUCUUGAAGAACGUUCUGCUCAUCUUCCCCCACUUCUGCCUGGGGAGGGGUCUCAUCGACAUGGUGAAGAACCAGGCCAUGGCCGACGCCCUGGAGCGAUUCGGGGAGAACCGGUUGCGUUCCCCGUUGGAGUGGGACAUGGUGGGGAAGAACCUGUUCGCCAUGGCUGUGGAGGGGGCGGUCUUCUUCAUCAUCACCGUGCUCAUCCAGUACCGCUUCUGCAUCAAGCCCAGGCCCAUCAGCCAACUGAAGAAGCUGACCCCCCUCGGGGAGGAAGACGAGGACGUAGCGCGUGAGAGGCAGAGGAUCGUGCACGGCAUGGGGCAGGGAGACAUCCUGGAGCUACGUCAGCUGACCAAGGUGUACAAGAGGAAGCAGAAGCCUGCGGUGGACCGUCUGUGUGUCGGCAUACCGCCUGGAGAGUGUUUCGGCCUGCUGGGAGUGAACGGAGCAGGAAAGACCACCACCUUUAAGAUGCUGACAGGGGACGCCAUGGUGACCAGUGGAGAAGCCUUCAUAGCUGGGAGGAGCAUCCUGAGAGAGAUAGACGAGGUCCACCAGAACAUGGGCUACUGUCCGCAGUUCGACGCCAUCAACGACCUGCUGACCGGACGGGAGCACCUCGAGUUCUACGCCGUGUUGAGGGGGGUCCCCGAGAAGGAAGUCUGUGACGUGGCAGAGUGGGGCAUCAAGAAGCUGGGUCUGGUGAAGUACGUGGACAAGGCAGCGGGCAGCUACAGCGGAGGCAACAUGAGGAAGCUGUCCACCGCCAUGGCUCUGAUCGGUGGACCGCCCGUUGUUUUCCUGGACGAGCCCACCACAGGCAUGGACCCCAAGGCCCGGCGCGCUCUCUGGAACUGCAUCCACAGCGUCAUCAAGGAGGGCCGGUCGGUGGUGCUCACCUCGCACAGCAUGGAGGAGUGUGAGGCGUUGUGCACCAGAAUGGCCAUCAUGGUGAACGGGAGGUUCCGCUGUCUGGGCAGCGUCCAACACCUCAAGAACAGGUUUGGCGAUGGCUAUACCAUCGUCCUGCGUGUGACAGGACCCGACCCCGACCUGCUGCCGGUGAUGAAGUUCAUCGAGAGCGAGUUGCCGGGCAGCACGCUGAAGGAGAGGCACCGCAACAUGCUGCAGUACCAGCUGCCCUCCAGCUCCACCUCCCUCGCGCACGUCUUCUCCAUCCUGGCCCGCAACAAGGAGCUGCUGCAGAUCGAGGACUACUCGGUCAGCCAGACCACCCUGGACCAGGUGUUCGUGAACUUCGCCAAGGACCAAAGUGACGACUACCACUCCAAAGACAAUUCUGUGAAACGGAAGGAGACGGCGAUCGCCAUCCCCCUCUUCUCCUCCGGGGGCGCUGUGGCCACCGCGGCGACGGCAGCGGCGGCAGAGGACAAGCUCCGAGAGUCCGUCAUGUGAGACCCGACCGACGCCAGCAGAACCCAGAGUGAUGGCAGAGCACAAACCCCCGACCUUGACGCGGAGUUGGCCUGACCUGUUAAACCUCCAGUAUUGUUUAUCUUUUAAAACGCUGUUGUUGACAAAAGUUGUUCCGCCCGCUGAACCGGACGAAGCCUGUCCAAACUGGAACCAAGCAGACCGAAGCGGUCGAUGCAGGACGAUUCUAAUGAUCCCCAGUGGAGUAACUGGGAGGCAGGUCUCUCUACGGCUGUUGGCACCGCAGAGCGAGAGAGCUAGAGAGAGGGAGUUUUAAACUUGAAUAACAGCAAGAUGCUCCUUUCCCUGUUUUAUUUUUUUUCCUAUUUUGUGUGAUUGCGAUCAGUGCCUGCCUAUGAUAACAAUUCAGGGUUUGUGUCGUAUUUGAUGUGUGUUGAAGAAUCAAAAUAAUUUCAAGGGCCAAGGGCUAGACUGCAAAUCUUUUUUUUUUUUUUUCGAAUCCUUUUGAUUUUAGUUUUUUCAAUGUUGCUUUUAUUUAUACAUGUAGAUGAUGCCAGAACUGUGGGAUUGUUUGGCCUUUUAUUUUCUCCCCCCUCCUUAAGUGGCAUUCUUGUAAAGGCCUUGUGUCGUACAGGGACUUGGGAGUCCCCUAUAGCCCCUCUUCUCAACAACACUCCCAUCAACGUGUGUAGCGGACACCGUGCAAUGUACUGUAUCAUCUGAGAAGUGGGGGGGGGGGGGGUCGAUUUUAUAGAUUU